AUGACAAGGUCAUCAGUGUGUUUGUCGAAUUUACAACUGAUCACCUUUGACAAUUACGUUGCUCAAGCUCCGUUCGGUCAAUGGCGAGAUGAUUCAGCGCAGCGAGAUUCACUCACAUUCAAUAAUCCGGUUGGUUCUGGAAUGGCGCAGCCGAGGUUAGUGAUGAUUCAAUCAAGUAUUUGGAAUUUACGUUUAUUGAUCAGAUCAAAUCAAUCGGAUAAUCAUUUUGUUUGCAGGUUUUUCCCCGGCCAAUGGGGUCCAUGCUCAACGACGUGUGGUCCUGGCGUAUCGACCAGGACUGUGGAAUGCGUAGCUGUGCAAGGAAUCACCUCAAAUAUUAUCAAGUUGCCAGAUUAUGAAUGUGAAGGAACUCCGAAACCGAGUUCCUUCCAACCGUGCCAAAUUCGCCAAUGUCCACUGAGCGAAUCGGUUGGUGAUCCACCAGAACGAGAACGCACAUUUAGUUCGUCUCGUGGAUUCAAAUGGGAUUAUGGCGAUUGGACGACGUGUUCAGCUUCGUGUCUAGGAGUUCUGCUGCAAGUGGUAAUCAAGCAAGAAAACUCCGAUAUAUCAGUUCAGGUUGACGUAUGGAGCCAAUGCUCGGCAACCUGUGGUGCAGGAGAACAACGUCGCGAAGUGACAUGCGAACAACGCAUGGCAAAUGGUGAAGUGCGAGUUUUCAACCCGCCCAAUUACUGUCGUCAUCUGCAAAAACCACCCACCGUUCAAUUGUGCAAUCUUGGCUCCUGUUCAGCCGAUGGCCGAUCCCCGUUAGAUACUAAUCGUCCGCAGUCGACGGAUUUCGACCAAAAGAGCAAGCACCAUCGGAAACUGACACUGAAUGUUGGUGGAAGGGCAAAUCUUUACCAAGGCACUUCAAUUAAAGUCAAGUGUCCUGUGAGAAAUUUCUCAAAGGAUAAAAUCAUUUGGACGAAGGAUGGCCACAAGAUUGUCAAUAGUGCACAUAUAAAAGUGUCUUCUAAUGGAGCACUUCGAAUAUUCCAUGCACGCAUGGAGGAUGCUGGUGUGUAUGCGUGUUAUGCAGGUGGCAUACAAGGCAACGUCACUCUCACCUUCAAGCAACGCGAAGAACUACGAGAUGAUCGCGAGAACAACGAUUCACGUAGGAUGCUCGAAAAAGCAGCCCAAGCUGAUGGAUCGGACGAUACACCAAUAUCUGUUGAUCAUGAACUUAUUCAAGCCAUGACAGAGUCUAAAAUGUUAUGUUUGAAGGUGCGUCAAUUGAAAUGUCGAGUGAUUUACGAGGGGAUGGCAGGAUAUUUGGACGAUAGCGUUUGCGAGAGCUUUGGUGUAAACCGACCGCCGUCCUCGAGAAGUUGUAGUCCAUCGUACUGUCCGCAUUGGGAAGCUACUGAAUGGACGACAUGUUCAACGUCGAGAUGCAUUCGACAUGCGACUUCGGUGCAGAAACGUGACGUGAACUGUGUCUACGAGAAUGGAACGAGGGCUGAUUUUGCGCUUUGUGAUCGUGGAAAUCGGCCAAAAGUCAAGAAAGAAUGUGUCAAUAUGAAUUGCACGGCUGAAUGGCGCCCAUCAGUUUGGGGACACUGCAGUCGUACGUGUGGUGAUGGUGGAGUACAGAUGCGUUUGCUGCGAUGUGUUUGGCAUGGUACACGAAAAGCAGCUGGACGUCACUGUCAGACGUCAACGCGUCCAUCUGCGAUUCGUGCUUGUGUACAACCUCACCAUCAACAACUACCCCCUUGUCACCCGAUGCCCCCCACAGGUGGAGUAGUCCCUUUCAAGGGAUGGGAGAACUGGCGAGGCUGGCGGCUCUACAACUGGAACUCACAUGCUCAAUCACCCGCUAAAAUCUAG